UCUCAAAUAUAGAACCCAACUCUAGGGAGCAUAUUAUGCUGCGGAAGAUGCGAUAUUCCCGUAUUUCCGCAUUCUCGCAUUUCCGCUUUGUCACCCGAACGUGAGCCUCGGGGCGUGAAUCUCGGAGCGUGAGCCUCGAACAUAGGCACUUGAAAGAGAAUACAAAGUCACUUUGGCUGUUUAUGGCUUGGCAGGAUAGUACUACUGUGAGUCUACUCGCUCAAAGUUCCCAACCCUUUGACGGAAGCUAAAGGCAGCGUCAUAAGUUUCUUUGAGCAUUGUGUCGAUCCAAGUCGAGCGGCGACCAGAAUAAUGUCUUUGUCCUACGAACGAGUAGUUACCGACUUUUUAAUAGUUAAGGAACAAAAGAAAUGCUUAGGUAUUUAUGGUGAAGCAAAAGGCCUGCUGCACAACUACUCGAGAGUUCGCGUAGAUGUUGCCUGUUUUCGAUAUGAUUAGGAACAAUGCCCAAAAAUCUGAAGUACAUAGCAUUAACGCUCCGCGGCCAAUUUACAACAACCAUUGAUUCCUUACUUACUAUACCACUACUAGUUACAGAAAGUUAUCUAAACUAUCAGACCAAAUAAGACGAAAUCAGAAAUAUUAAGAUCACUUAGGAUAUUAUAGAUACAGAGAUAUACAGCACGGAUGAGUAUCGAUCUUCACCAUCCGUCCAGCGAGAACGUUACUCGCCUUACAAAGCUCCUAUCCCGACGACCCGAGUAUGGAGUUGCUAUUCCGUCGAGGAGAUGGCUGAACAGGCAGGAGGAGAAAAUUAAAAAUCUUCCGGAUGAAUUGCUUCAUAAUUCGGGCUUAUUAAAGCGUCUCUUCAUAAAAAUCGCCGAAAAGGUUAACCUAGAAGUAAUGGACCCGAGGGCAGUGUUGUGUAAGACACAUUCCGUUCUCAACCCCUGGCUUAUCCGUCGCUUUUUCUUAGCCGUCGCUUACGAGGUAACGGUUCAUACGGACGUACUACGCUCGUGGAAGGGCAAGAACAAUCACCCAAUUCUCGCUGCUUUCGUCGGACGAGUGGACUCUAUUGCUGCCCUGUGGACAGAUCCGGACUUAUACCGCGAGUGCUAUGGAACACCACCCUUUGAGAGCCACAUGAUCUUUGUUCAGUCUGGUUGUGAGGCUUGUAUUCUAGGUGCUAUGGGUGCCAAUGCCCGUGUGCUUGCCGACUUGCGGACCACCCUUAUUGACCGGACCGAGAGACGCUCGUCACGCUCCUCAAGUUCAUCACGUCCUUCACGUCCAUCACGUUCAGCCAAGCGGCGAGCUAGGGAACCAAAACUUAGACGCUACGUCGACGAAUGGAUUAGGCAACUCACGGAGGAGAGGGCAGCGCAAUGCAUAGCUAUGAGCGAUAGCGUACUCGAGGAGCUCAGGCACGUCCGUCCUCAACUUAAAGAGUGGCGACUUCAACGGAGAAAAGAACGUAGUAAAAGUAAUGCAGCUUAUACCGAAUUAAGAAAGACAAGCGAUGGUGGAACAGAGUUGAGGUACGUUGCAGAAAAUAAGCACUAUACGAGGAGGACGAAGAGCGGGAUUCCCGUAGCUGUAGCCGAUCUAGAGGGCGCGGAAGAUCAGAGGAGGGCUGCGUUGUAUAGCUUGAAAGACAAUGUGAAAAGUGUGUAUAGGCCUGACAGUCUGAGCCCCUACUCAGAGCUCGGGGAAUCGACAAUUGCAGGUGAUCCUUUGCCAUCUAUUAAUGAGGAGCAAGAUUUAUCGGAUGGCUACGAAGACCCGGAAGACCCGGAUGAUCUAGAUGAUCUGAAUGACUUGGGAGACCACCCAGACCUCGACCGAGAUUUUGAGGCGGAAGAAAGAGGUAGGCUAAAGGUAACGCAGUGGUACAGUUCUCAGGUAUCAAAGUCGGAUCUGACACCAGACGAUACCAAGUCGGUCUUAUCCAUGGCCCAUCCUGCAUUUCGGCCUCCAGGGGAUUUCAGUCAUAUGUCAGCUGCCCCUUCUCCUCUCAAUAUAAGGGGGCAUCGCUCGCGCAGUGCGCCGCCAAUCCACGCUACCGCCACCGACAGCGUCUGGACCGACGUCACGGUGUACACCGUGGACAAUAUAAGGGACGCGCCGCCCGUGCCGGAGAUCCCCUCGCAGUACAGGCGUAACAAUACCAAUCGCAACAACGACAGCGACCGUCCUCCAAGGACCCGCUCGCCAACCCGUCGGCCUGCUACCGCGUUAGGUCAUCGCCCGACUCAGAACUCUAGACAUUCCACAAGCUCGUCUGUGUAUUCCUCUGACCAACGAGCGGAUGGGGGGAGUUUAUUGAGAAGAUUUCUGACUGGCGAGUCUGACGUUACGAGGAGCACCCGCCCAAGGAAUAAGACUACCGGGGACAGGGAUUCGCAGGGAUACACGGCUGUCCUGCCGCAUCGGAGCCCCUUCUCGAGUUCGGUGACUGAAUUGCCUUCUCCCCAGCGUGAUAGCCACGAUCACGAUAGUAGUCAUAGUCGUAGUAAUGAGCGUGGCCAAAGCCAUGAUCGCCACAUUAGUCGCAGCCAGAGCCAUAACCACGAUCGAAACCAUGAUCGCAGCCAUCGCCAACGUCGCCACCAUAGUCAAGAUCACGGCAGUAGUCACCAUCGCAGCCAUACUCGUGACCGCGGCAACAGCCAUAGUCAUAGCCAUAGUCAUAGCCGCACCCGUAGUCGUAGCGACACUGCCAGGAGCCGGAGCUCGUCACGGACACGUGCGGCGUCCCCCUCGGAGCACGAAGAGCGCGUCUGGAGGGAGAGCUUGGGUAUCCGCGCCGAGGACGAGGACGACGGCCUGGGGCCCGAAGACUCGCAUAGUGUUGCGUUUUGGCGAGAGCCGAGACGAUCUCGGUAAGCUGUUCUGGCUGGCUGUAUGGCUGGAGAUGAAAUGAAAUGAAAUGAGACGGGGGCGCUAUAUAGUAUAACAUUUCGUUGUCGUGUUGGGAUAUCUAAGGUCGUCGACGUUUAUAUAUAUAUGUAUGUGUGUUAGACGGCCUAGGUCUUACGGACUGAGAUGGUUUACUAGCUAGCGUUUCUUGUUACUCGCCUGCUUGUAGAAUUACGUUAGUACACGGAUAGUAUAGUAAAAUAUCA